AUGGAGUUCACCAUCCGCGCGCCGUGCUCGUCGGCCAACAUUGGCCCUGGCUUCGACGUGAUCGGCCUCGCCCUGUCCAUGUACCUCGAACUGCACGUCAAAGUGGACAAGAGCAAGACGACGUCGGAGAAGAUACUCAACUGCGGCAUCACGUACGAGGGCCAGGGCGGCCAGGGCAGCGUCAGCCUCAACCCGGAGCGCAACCUCAUCACCCGCGUCGCGUUGUACGUCCUGCGCUGCCACAACCAGCGCGCAUUCCCCAUCGAGACGAACAUUCACAUUGUCAACCCUAUCCCAUUGGGUCGCGGCCUGGGCUCUUCCGGCGCAGCAGUCGUCGCGGGCGUCUUUUUAGCCAACGAAGUCGGUCAAUUAGGUCUGUCCAAGGCUCGAAUGUUGGAUUACUGCUUGAUGGUCGAGCGACACCCCGACAACGUCGCCGCAGCCCUAUAUGGCGGAUUCGUCGGCACGUACCUGAACGAGCUGAAACCCGAAGACGUAUCGCGCCUGGAGAUCCCGCUCAGCGAAGUUCUGCCCGAAUGCACGGGCGGCGUGGACACUGGUCUCAAACCCCCCGACCCACCGCUCAACAUCGGGCACUACCACCAGUUCAAAUGGGCGCCCGAGAUCCAAUGCGUGGCCAUUAUCCCGCAAUUCAAAGUCCCCACCGCCGAGGCGCGCGAAGUGCUGCCCAAAUCCUACAUGCGCGCCGACGUCGUCUUCAACCUCCAGCGCAUUGCGCUCCUGCCCAUCGCCCUCGGCGAGUCCCCGCCCGACCCGGAAUUCAUCUACCUCUCCAUGCAGGACAAAGUGCACCAGCCCUACCGCAAGACCCUCAUCCCCGGCCUCACCGAGAUCCUGCAGAGCGUGACCCCCAAGAGCCACCCGGGCCUGCUGGGCAUCUGUCUCUCCGGCGCCGGACCCACCAUCCUCGCCCUCGCCACGGAGAAUUUCGAGCAGAUUGCACACACCCUCAUUGCCGAGUUCAAGACCAAGGGCAUCGAAUGUGAUUGGAAAUUGCUCGUUCCUGCGCAUGACGGCACCACCGCGACGUACAAGUCAUAG